GAGAUCUUUGUAUCAUCGAUAGUCACAGGAUGUAAUCUUGAUGCCAUCCAUGAUGUGACAGUGGCCUACCCUUACAACAUCCCACAGGCUGAGAGGGACCUGUUCACUGGCAACUUCCCCAGAGAGAUCCACUUCCACAUCCGCCGUUAUCCAGCUGACCAGCUGCCCACCUCCAUGGAUGGUCUGAAGGAAUGGUGCUGCCUUCGCUGGCUGGAGAAGGAGAAGUUACUACGGGCUUAUUACCAGGGCAAUCACUCAUUCAGUGAUCUGGUCCAGCCUGCGAGUCCCGUCCAGGAGCCGAGUCCCAUCCAGGAGCCGAGUCCCGUCCAGGAGCCGAGUCCCGUCCAGGAGCCGAGUCCCGUCCAGGAGCAGAAUUUGAGUCGGCUGGAGGUUUACAAGAAAGCUCCUUUCUGGGGGAGGGGUUGGAGUCAGAGUAAGGGCCGAAGUCGGAUUUUACUGCACAGCUCGGCUCAGAGCUGGAUUCGGAGGCAGGAGCAGACCGGGACACAGCUUCGUGCCCGGCUGCCUCCCUGCAAGUCACGGGGACGAGUCUUCCUCAUCAAGGUCUUCUCCAUCAUCUACUGGACAUUGUUUGUGAUUGGCAGCUUUGUGCUCAUCUGGUCGUACACCCUGGCGCGGUGGUACUUUACCAGCGUGGCAAUCUUCUUCAUAGCACAGGAGAAAAUCGCUGGGGGCUGUGAGGUCAUUGAGGUAGCACUCCACAAUCUCAAACCCUCCCAACGGUGGAAACGGAGCAGUCAACAUCAGGAGUGACACAGCCAAGCCCUCUCCGUCUGGCCAAUCCCAGGGAUUCUCCCACUGAUCCAGCCAAUGACAGGGGCAAUUCCCAUCAGAGAGACAGAAGAAAAGACAACUCAGCUGGGGCAGAUCGAUAGAUCUCUCUGAACCGUGGAGUCUCAGAGAGUCCAGCUCUGAUCUUUCACACCAUUUUAGUCUGCAUUCAAACUUUGGCUGACGGCCAGUGUGCAGGCACAGGCAUCAGGAGCUGCCUCGUUUCAGACAUCCUCAGCAGGAAGCCGUGUCAAACACACUUCACCCAGCCAUCAUUGUGGGUGAGACUCAGGGUCAUUCA